UGAGGCUAAAUUGUUUGAGUAUGCUUCAGGCAAAGAACAGGGUCUCCAACUCAAAUCUACAGGGGUUUUCCACACUUUCAAUAUCCCACAUGUGGCGUCAUCUCUCCUGUCCUGUGUGGAUGUUAUCGUCCUAAAGGACACACGGUUUCCCCGGCAACUAGGGCUCCAAUCGCCCCGGCCAGCUGCAGAUUAGUUCAGCGGUGGGGGGUUGUGGUGGUCAGGGAGGGGGGUGAUGAUGGAAAAUGGAGAGGGAGGAGAGAGAGAGAGAAAGAGAGAGAGAGGGAAGGAGGGGGGUGGGAAAAGUUUGAGGAGGGGAGAGAGGAAGGAGAAGGAGCCGCCAGCGUCAGUGAGAGAUAGGAGCCCGAAUGAGUGAGUGUGUGUGAGGGUAGAGAAAGAGCUGUAAACAUUUUAGCCCCGAGGCUGGACUGGAGGAGGGAUUUCCCUGACUUUGGGUCUUUUUCAAACCUUUUUUCCUGUGCGCUUGUGGAGAGCUGGGUCUUUCUCUGUGUGGGAGGUACAGGCAAGGGCUAUGCAAAGUGAGAGAAAUCAGAGGCAGGGGUAGGGGUGUGCAAACCGUGGAAGAGAAAGAGAGAGGGGGGAAAGAGAAGAAGAAGAACUUCCCUGAAGGAAAGAAACCAUGCAAGUGGAUGCUGUCUUCUGUGGGAUCAGGUUACACAAAAUGAGAAACUACUCCAGGAGCACAUCAUCAGGGCUCACCAGGCUCAGAGAGGAUGCCAGCUGCUAGCACCAUGACCGGUGGGAGGGCCCUGCUGCUCUGUACAAACACUGACAACUGUAUCUACCAAUCAGUCAACGGGCUCCAGUGCUGUGGCUUGAAGGUCGGGGAGGCUCCGUCGCCUGCGGUGCCCCAGCGCCAAGAGGUGUGCAGGCCAUCAGGGGACAAAGACAGGAGGGACACUGCUCUACCCACCAAGCGUCCACUCUCCCCGUCACUCAGGCUGAGUGACAGCCCGGGUCCUCCUGACACCAUGCUAGCUCAAAGGAGAGCCACCACGACCAAUGACCCACGGACUCCCAACAUGGAGAACGGCAUGUGUGGCAAGCUGAAUAACAACAAGAGCCCAGCGGGAGUCAAGACCGCCAGCAUCCGUGAUAAGAUCUCACAAUGGGAGGGCAAAAAGGAGUCUGCUCCACUGGCUUCUUCAGGGACAUGUCCUCUUACAACGACGCAGAAGGAAGGUGAGGCAGUAAGGAAAAAGGAAUCUAAAGCUUCGGAAUUUCAAAGGACAGACAGCAAGAAGUUUGUCAGUUGGGACAGACAGGACUCAGGGAAGGAGAAUGUUGGAAAGCUGGGGGAUUCAAGGCCUAAAUCUCCUGAGGGCCAAACAAACAAGGACAGAGAAGUAAUCCUAGAGAGGGGUUGUCGGGCUUCAAAGCCUACAGAACAACCCCAAGACAAGAAGACUGUUUUAACUCAUGUUAAGAAACUGGAGAGGGCAACAAAGGAGGUUCCUGACAGACCUUCACUGGCUUUUCCAGGGAAUUACUUCUGCCCUCCCUCAAAGGAAGAGCUGGAGGAAACAGAAAAGAGGGCUAACGAGCCCAUUUUUGGGACUUUUGACGUGACUCGGCAUGGUGGAUCUCGGAGGAGGAGGGAGGGGGAUCCAGAGAACGUAUACAGUGAGCCAGGUGCUCCUUCUAUAAACCCUUUACCUAAACCUCAAAGAACCUUCCAGCACCACACACCUCCCACUACUCCUACUUCAGGACCAAGCUUUGGGAAGGGACGGAGGAAUUUGCCCCCUCUGCCCUCCAUUCCCCCACCACCUUUACCUACAUGCCCACCGCCUGGAGUUUGCAGAAGACCUUGGGCUGACAAACCCCGGGACAGCAGUAAUAGGAAGUCCUACGAAUUUGAGGAUCUGCUCCAGUCGUCUACGGAAAGCUGCAGGGUGGACUGGUAUGCUCAGUCCAGACUGGGCCUUACACGCACUUUAUCAGAAGAGAAUGUCUACGAGGACAUAAUAGAUCCUCCUUCCAAGGAGAACCCUUAUGAAGACAUAGAGCUGGAGAGGAGUUGUUUGGGGAGUAAAUGUGUUUCACCUGCAUCCUCAUCCCCUAUCCCUGACACACCAACUAAGCUCUCCUCCAAGCCCGGCUUCUUCAGACAAAACUCAGAAAGACGAAGCUUCAAGCUCCUGGAACUACGCAAAGUCAGCAGGGACACUGGCAUCUCCUCUCCUUCCCGAAUCAGCCCCCCCUCCACACCCAGCAGCCCCGACGACACCCCCUGCCUCUCCGGAGACCCGUACAAUCGCAGACGUAGGAAAAUCCCAAAGAUGGUGCUGAAAAUCAACGGCAUCUUCGAGGCGAGGAGAGGGAAGAAACGCAUGAAGAAGGUGUCUCAGUCCACAGAGUCCAGCUCAGGGAGAGUGACAGAUGAGAACAGUGAGUCUGAAAGUGACACAGAGGAAAAACUACAAGCUCACAGCCAGCGUCUGGUGUCGGUGCAAUCCAUGCUGAGGCAGACGGGGCGGUACCGGACGUUGGAGAAGGAUCUGAUGGAUUUGCAGGAGAGGAAACUCUUUGAGUAUUUCAUAGUUGUUGCGCUCCACAAGACAAAAGCUGGAGUCCCAUACCUGCCAGAGGUCACACAGCAGUUUCCUCUCAAGCUGGAGAGGAGCUUCAAGUUCAUGAGGGAGGCUGAGGACCAGCUGAAGGUCAUCCCUCAGUUCUGUUUUCCUGACGCCAAAGACUGGGCGCCUGUUGACAACUUCCCCAGUGAGACGUUCUCAUUUGUCCUGACUGGAGAGGAUGGGAGCAGGCGGUUUGGAUACUGUCGGCGGUUGCUGCCCAGUGGUAAAGGCAGGAGGCUCCCUGAGGUUUACUGCAUCGUCAGCCGCCUGGGCUGCUUCGACCUCUUCUCCAAGAUCCUGGAUGAAGUGGAGAAGAGGAGGGCUAUCUCCCCUGCUCUGGUGCAACCUUUCAUGAGAGGCAUCAUGGAGGCUCCCUUCCCUGCUCCAGGACGGACCAUCACUGUCAAAAACUUCCUACCUGGCUCUGGGACAGAGGUGAUCGAGCUGUGUCGGCCCUCUGACUCUCGCCUGGAACAUGUGGACUUUGAAUGUCUCUUCUCCUCCUUGAGUCUACGUCUCCUCCUGCGAGUGUUUGCCUCUCUGCUUCUGGAGCGCAGGGUCAUCUUCACUGCCGACAAACUCAGCACUCUAUCUCAGUGUUGUCACGCAGUAGUGGCUCUGCUCUACCCCUUCACCUGGCAGCACACGUACAUCCCCGUGCUCCCGCCCUCCAUGUUAGACAUCGUCUGCACCCCCACCCCCUUCAUCGUCGGCCUCCUCUCCAGCUCUCUGCCUCGACUCAAAGAGCUGCCCAUAGAAGAGGUCCUGGUGGUCGACCUUUGCAACAGCCGCUUCCUUCGACAGCUGGAUGAUGAGGACUCCAUUCUUCCUCAUAAGCUGCAGGCAGCUCUGGAGCAUGUGCUGGACAAGAGGAGGGAGCUGGCCUGUGAGAAAGGAGAUCUGCCCAAUGACUCUAGCUCCCUCAGCACGGUGGUGUCGGAAGCCUUUGUGCGUUUCUUCGUGGAGAUGGUGGGUCACUACUCCCUCUUCAUGGGUGGAGCGGAUCGAGAUGACGAGUCCGUCUCCUCCCCUACUUUGUCCAGCCCUUCCUCCUCGUCCUCCUCCUCUUCCUCUCCCUCCUCGUCCUUCCAGCGGGAUGCCUUUCGCAAAGCGGUCACUUCCAAGAGCUUGAGGAGGUUCUUGGAGGUGUUCAUGGAGACGCAGAUGUUCACCGGUUUCAUCCAGGAGAGGGACCAGCGCAGGCAGGGCCUCAGAGGUCUUUUUGAAGUGAGAGCACAGGAGUAUCUGGACUCACUGCCUGGGAGCGAGCAACGAGGGGUCAACAAGUUCCUCAAGGGUCUAGGAAACAAGAUGAAAUUCCUCUCCAAGAAAUGAUGCUCAGAGUCAGGGUGGCAUCAGUGAAAGUAGGACAAAAAAGCAUGAACAGAUGUGCAGGACAAAAUAAAAAAGGAUGCACUCCCUGAACGUGGAGAAUAUAGUGACGGGAUGUAUCAGAAGGAAAGGAUGACCUUCGGAGAGGACUGGACUCAUAGUUUAGGACUCAGUCUCAUAGAGGCUUAGCUCCUAGGUUCAUCAUCCAGUCGACUUAAGUGUUGUGAAGGGUUCACUCAGCUCGGACCAAAAGACCCUCCAUCACGAUAAAGCAUUCCUCAGUAGUGUCUUGAUGUUUUAUAGACCCUUGUUAUUUCCUGCAGUGUGUAACUGUACAGCACAGCACCGUGUAAAUGUUUGUAGGAACUGUGUUCUCCUUUCUCCAUCAUUAACUACACCUUUGACCCCGAUGAAGGGUGUCACUGAAGGCCUCAUUUUGUACAAAACUUCCCUAUACAUUCCAAGUAUUUUCUAUAGGAGCUUUUAUAAAUACAGUAGAACAACUUCUUCAUCAACAGGAGGCUUUUAAGUUAAUUUAUAUUCUUUUUUAGGUUAAUCUUUUUUAAUUUCAAAUGAGUGCAAAGAGAUCUCCUGUAGUUUGUAAUAGGCCUUAUUUAACAGAGUCUAGUCCAGACUGUUUGUAGACCACUUUGGGUUACUGGGUAAAUGUACCACUGUUUAAAGAAAUGAACGUUUAAUGGAGAAAAAGGAACGAGCACCAAAAAGGAAAUUGUAAAGAUGGAAGAAAAACAAUGUGAAUACAUCUCUCUGGGGUUUGAAUAAAGGGUUUGGAUGUUGA